AUGGUUGGAAGAAAGGAAAAGAAACGCCUCCUCCGGUCAAACGCCCAGAGGGAACGUAAAAUCCUUCAAAGGGCUCAACUGUUUGCCCGUCGCAACAGCUUAAAGCCCACCAUUCUCCCCAACCCCCCACAAGAAACUCACAUCCAGCUGGAAAGAGAAGUUCAGGAACAUUUGAUACUCAGCACCCGUCUACAACAAGUGGAACAAAAGGCUAACCCGUCAACAAAUCUUAUCAGUGACACUUUGGCGACCCAAGCAGACGCGAGCAAGGAGGCACCGGUGAAUAACCUUCGUGCUAUUGUUUUUGGCGAAUGGGAAAUGCAAACAUGGUAUGCCAGCAUGUAUCCACCCGAGGUUACCUGCCUUCCGCUCAUAUACAUAUGCGAAUUCUGUCUCACCUACAUGCGCUACAACAUCGCUUACCGGCGCCACAGACUACGAUGUAAACGCAAGUUUCCUCCUGGCAAUGAAAUCUACCGGAGAGGCACUUUGUCCUUCUUCGAGGUUGACGGCGAGAAGCAGAAGGUAAGGCUUUUGUUUCCAUCCGGCCCCAUUAAGUUAAUGUUCUCAAGUAUGAAGUCUUCACUUUCCAGCUGA